AUGAUUGUAAUUCUGCUGGUGUCCAUGUCAAUGGUCUUGUACAGUGGUGGCCAGGAACUGAAGCCACCAGCAUUUCUGCCAGAGCUUCUUGACACACCUGAAAGAAUCUUGAACAAUGCCACACUCUUCAAUGGAGUAUUUCAAAAUGUGGAAAGUGUUGCAUUAUUUUUUGACUGCCUGGGUUCUCACUUCACCUGGUUACAAUCCAUCUUCACUAACUUCCCUGCUCUGCUCAACUUUGUGAACAAAAUGAAGUGUGUUACUGGGUUUUGCCCCAGGGAUUUUGAAGACUACGGUUGCUCUUGCCGGUUUGAGAUGGAAGGGCUCCCUGUGGAUGAAGUUGAUGACUGCUGUUUCCAGCAUCGCAAAUGCUACGAGGAAGCAACGGAGAUGGAGUGCACAUGGGACCCACCAAAGAUUUCUACAGACAUCAGCUGCUCUACAGAAAACCUAACGUGUGAGUCUGGGGAUCCCUGUGAACGGUUCCUCUGCAAUUGCGACAAAGAUGCCAUUGAAUGCUUUAUGAACGCACAUAUUAACUCUUCCCUGAAUGGGCUGGAUGUCUCCUUCUGUCCAUCUCCAGUUACAGAGUUCCUUCAUCAUGACACUGACAAAACACCGGCUGCAACUGCAUCCAUGGAAGAAGUGAUUUCUUUUGAGCCCACUGAGAUGGUCCUGGGGACUUUGAAAGCCAGAGCUACCACAAGGGACCACAGAGGUACAGCUCCUGCUCCCCCCACCCCCUCGAUAAAAGAAGAGGAUGGAUUCAUGCAAGCUGUGGUCCCAGUGAAAGACAUAACUACCUCCCCAGACUCCUUCCUAGGAGAUAUCAACUCAAUGCAGGCCAAAACUGUCCCCACUGAGAAGAUUCCCACAGGCACAUCUGCAAGGACAAAAGAAAAAGAGACAAGCCCUGCAAGGGGUGGCGAGAGCACAGCUUCCUCUGGAAUAGCUCGGGAACCGGCAAUGUCUGACAUGGGACCCCAUCAACCUGCAGGAAAAGUAUGUGAGCGAUUGAUUUUUCUGCAAGAGAGAGGAAAUGGAAGAGGGAGGAGGGAGCUGCCCCAGCUGGGAGAAAUGCUGUUCUGUUUAACUGAGCGAUGCCCAGAGGAGUUUGAGUCCUACGGUUGCUACUGUGGCCAAGAAGGAAGAGGUUUUCCUAUUGAUGUGCUGGACAGGUGCUGCUUCUCUCAUCACUGUUGUAUGGAACAAGUUAAGAAACUUGGAUGUCACGCUGAAAGAAGUUCAAGAUCUGAAGUUGUAUGCUUUGACCACAAGCCAAAAUGUAUUGGUUUGAGCCUGUGUGAGAAACUACUGUGUGCUUGCGAUAAGACAGCAGCCGAGUGCAUGGCUUCUGCCUUCUUCAAUGAAAGCCUCAAGUUCCCACACAGGCCAGAGUGCCAAGAGGAGAAAGUCUCAUGUCAAGGUGGCCCUUAUGAAAGGCCUUCAGUUGGCACAGAAACAGGCACCGGGAUUUCCAGCUCCGAGGAGAGCAGUGAGGAGGAAGGUCGACUGCGGAGUGCAUUAAGAAGAGCAAAGAGAGAGACACACCGUCCCAUUGGAAAGUCCAAAACUGUGCAACGUGAAGGCAGAUAA